AUGAUAUUGAACUUUAUUUCUGUCAUCUGCUAUAUCUGCAUCAUUGUGCAGACCACGUCCCGAGUUAGCGCUGCACCAACGGAGAAAGAUGAGUUGAACUCAAAAAUGUUGCAAAUGCAUAAUGAGGUCAGGCAAAAGGCUCUCAUGUGUAAAAUACCCGGACAACCACAGGCUUCCACGAUGCCCAAUUUGAAAUACGAUCAAGAACUGGCAGAUUUGGCUCAAAAAUGGGCAGACAACUGCACAUUCGGUCACGAUGACAAAACACAACGUCAAACAUCACUAUAUAAACAAGUUGGACAAAACUUUGCUGGUCACAGCAGCUUUGAGGGUGCUUUCCAAUUGUGGUUUGACGAAUAUAAGGACUAUGAUUACGAAAAUCUCAAAUGUGCUGAGGGCAAAGCAUGUGGACAUUACACUCAGGUCAAAAGCCUUAUGAAAAAGGAGACCAAUCACUUUGUCCGCCCAAAGAAACAACGACAACGAAAGCAACAACAACAAAAACAACAACAACAACAACGACAACAACAACACCGACGACGACAACCACAACAGCUGGUACUACUACUAAAAUGA